CACCGUUUCUGACUUUCCCACUCUGUCCCCGGUACCAUGGCGUCCAGCGAGGAGGACGGCACGGUUGAAGAGAAGGAAAACAACAAUAAGAAGAGAUCGAAAAGUGCCGUCGCUACCGCAUGGCUCACAUUUUACAACAUCGCCAUGACGGCCGGGUGGCUGGUUUUGGCUGUGGCAAUGAUGCGCUUCUACAUGCAGAAAGGCACACACAAGGGUCUGUACAAAAGUAUAGCAAGGACACUCAAGUUUUUCCAGACCUUUGCUUUACUUGAGGUGGGACACUGUGCGAUCGGGAUUGUGAGGACCUCGGUAAUUGUAACUGGGGUUCAAGUAUGCUCAAGAAUUUUCAUGGUUUGGUUCAUCACCAACAGCAUCAGACAGAUCCAGAACGAAGAAAGCGUUGUCCUUUUCCUGGUCGUAUGGACGCUGACAGAGAUCAUAAGAUAUUCCUUCUAUACAUUCAACCUGCUCAACCACCUGCCUUACUUCAUCAAAUGGGCCAGAUACAACCUGUUCCUCAUCCUGUACCCGCUGGGUGUGGCUGGAGAGCUGCUGACUAUCUACGCCGCCUUGCCUUACGUCCGUAGAUCAGCUAUGUACUCCAUGAGGCUCCCAAACAAGUACAACGUCUCCUUUGACUACUACAUCUUCCUCAUCAUUGUCAUGCUGUCCUACAUCCCACUGUUUCCUCAGCUCUACUUCCACAUGCUCCGUCAGAGGAGAAAGAUGCUUCUCGGGGAGGUCAUAGUGGAAAAGGAUGACUAGCUGAUGCCUUACCUGGUCUUUACGUUUGGGACAGCCAGCCUGCACAGCCUACCCAAGCCCACCCGACCCCACGAGUUCUGCAACCCCGCCAACCCACACCUGGCACAGUACCAUCUCCCUCUCCUCUAUGUCCCUCUAUGCCCCGGGAGAACCAGACUACAAAGCACCGACUUGGAUUAAACACAAUCUGGAUAUGAUUACUUCUACACAUGGAGACACCACGAGUCUUAACAGGAGUAAAAAAAAAAAUAGUACAGCCCCCCUGAAAGUUAUCCUCAACAAUAUGAAUCACCACGGACAAACAACAGGGAUCCAUUCAUUCGUGGCAGCCAGGACGUUACAUAUCAGGAGUAAUCACCAUCUGAAUGAUCCCCAUGGAAACAGGAAUAAACAAACAUUGUAUUACUGGAAUAAUAAAGGAUCACCAAGGAGUCUCCGGCACUGUUUGGAACACUUCCUGACAGUCUACUGUUCCUCCUCAGCCGCUGUAAAGAUACAGGUAUAUCCUUCUGGUGAAUCCACUAACCAGCCUGUCUAAUCACAUUGGAGCCCCUACACAGCCUGAUAACAACCUACCAGCCAGCCAUCCUGAUACACAACCCCCCCCCCCCCUCCACCCCACCACCCAAAGCCCAGCAGCAACUAGCUAACCUGUGAGAUAGAAGGAUGUAGACAAAAGGGUGAACGGAGAGGAGGGAAGAGAGAGAUUAGGUUCCCAGCAGUUUACUUAUUUUACCGAUUGGCAACUCAUUUUGUAAGUGUUUUCCACCAGUUAUUUUUUACGUAAAUAGCAUGUGGCAACCAUGACUAGACAAAUAACAAGGUUAUUAUUAAACUAAUGAUACCUCGACAAUAAACAGACAUUUGGGUAAGAUGCUGCUUCCUUUGUGUAUGUGUGUUUUAUCUUAUUUGUAAACUAUGCAAUGUGGAAGGAUCAUUUGUGUUUCAUGUGCAGGUCUCAUAUCUUUAGGAUGACUUAAGUUAUUUAUUCACAUGUUACGGUUGGCAUUUUGGAGUUUUGAAAGUAACCAUGAAACCAAGACCAUUCAAAUGUGUUUUUUCAGCUUUGCUUCAUGCUUACGUUCUCUGAUGUUGCUUUAAUAUUUACCAAGAAUUUCAGUCAAAUUAAUGUAGAGUGCAUCUUAAAUCAGUUGAGAGAUAAGUACUUGUCUGUGUGUUAAAGUCAACAUGUGGAAUCAGUAGACAAGACCACAUAACUAGUUACUUCUGAACACUCAGUCUUCAUCACUGUUUCAUUUAGUUACAUCUUUUUUUUGUUCAGGGUCUGUAGUUCUUGUUUGUAGUUUGUUUUAGACCCCCCACCUCUACCUAAGGUGCUACUGUGAGAUAAUUUCUUUUUUGAAGGAGAGACUGUGAUUGGGGUCGACCUAGAGAUGGAAAACCAGAAUGUGAAAUGAUUUGGAGGAAAAUGUAAUGAGUAAUGUUAACCCAUGGACUAGCCCAUGCCUUGAAUCACCAUCGUACUUGGAAUCAGGGCUAGACAAGAAACAAACAAUAAAAAUUUGACAAAAAUCGUGUCUAUUAUAAUUUAUGCAUAAAACAAUAAAGAUGUUAUCCAACCUAA